GUCGUGUCUAUUAGCGAGCGACCUUGAGGCUACCGGAUCCUCGCCAUGUAAGACAAAUUCGAAGCACGAAUCACGCCUCGCAGCUGUCCUGCAAGAUGCCGGCCACCAACCUGCUCCAAGGCAAGACUGCCAUCAUCACUGGUGGCACCACCGGCAUCGGGAGAGCCAUUGCGCUCGAGUAUCUUAGGCAAGGUGCCAAUGUCGUUGUCAACCACCUUGAUCUCCCUCGGGACAAACCUCAUCUCGAGUCUCUCCUUGCCGAAGCACAGAGAAUCAAGCAGGAGUCUGCAACGGCAGGUUUGCUCGAGCACCUGCCCGGCGAUGUGCGCGACCCGGCCACGGGGACUGCUCUCGUGAGCCACGCCGUGGCCAAGUUCGGUGGCCGCCUCGAUAUCUGUGUCAGCAACGCUGGCGUCUGCCAGUUUGCCGAGUUCCUGUCAAUGGAGCCAGACCUCUUUAGCAACACGGUCCGUGUCAAUCUCGAUGGCGCCUUUUACGUGGUCCAGGCUGCCGCUCGGCACAUGGCUCUCCAACAGUCGCCCACUGGAGGCUCCAUCAUCGGACUCUCGAGUAUCUCGGCCCUCGUUGGCGGCGGCUUGCAGACACAUUACACCCCAACUAAAGCCGGCGUGACCUCCCUUAUGCAAAGUACUGCCGUUGCCCUUGGCAAGUAUGGCAUCCGCUGCAACGCCCUGCUGCCAGGCACUGUGCGGACACAGCUGAACGAAGAGGAUCUGGCCGAUGACACAAAGCGCGAGUACAUGGAGGGUCGCAUACCGCUGGGUCGUACCGGCGUUCCGCAUGAUCUCGCCGGGCCAGCGGUUUUCCUGGCCUGUGAAGAGCUCAGUGGAUAUGUCACAGGUGCACAACUCCUGGUCGACGGCGGUCUUUUCGUCAACUUGCAAUAAGCAGUUCACAACAAUUCGGCAGUGACCGCAUAGGCAGUCCAAUUCUCACCAUCGAAAAGUACAACCACUAGCGGCUGAGUGAUCUCCCUGGCCAAUAUGGCUUCCGAGGGUUGAGUCGUGAAAUACAACCCUGCUCGCUGUAAGCGUGGCAACCUCUCGUGUUGGUCCGUCUCCAAACAAGCCACAUUGGUUGAGUAUGGGGGCAUCUCGGCAAGAAAAGGACUCAGAGUAUCCAAUUUAGGACAAAUUCUUUUCUGAAUGAAGAUAUUCUACA